CGAUGUCUUAUAAAAUAAGAUACCUAUCUACAUAUAGCGUUUCCCAUGAAGGUGCACAAACAUUUGAUCCUUUUGAACUCAGUUUGAAGACAAGAACCAAUAACCGAUUUGACUGGAUAUAAAAGGAAAAAGGAAAUAACUGCCACUCACGUGCUAACGUUACUCUUUGAAGCAGCUCAGAUACCCAAUUAUUUUAAUAUUUUCUUUAUUUCACUGUAAAGGUGAGUGGGCGGAUGUAUUGUAUCACAAAGGCUGAGAAAGAAGCAGAAGGAAAGGGGGGUGGCUGAGAGAGAAAGAGAGAAAACAGGGAAAGACAGAGAGAAAGAUCAGAGCAUACUCUGGCUUGGUUACGAUCAGACUGACUGCCGUGCUGUGAAAUAAUGUGAAAGGCGAGCAAGAGAACAAGGAUCUUUGACCAACGCUACUCCAGCCAGGGGGAACCUGAUAUAUAUGGAAUACAAGAUUGUUCAGAAGGAAACAGUUUUUCAAAGAGAUAUUCAACUAAACGUCCCAGGUUCAGUCAUGUACCCCAGGUCAAUCACCUUCGACAUCCCCAUACUGUUGGGUGUGCUCCUGUUGUGGGGGCCUAUGGAGUCUAGAAGCCAGAAUGACACAGAGCCCAUCAUCCUCGAGGGGAAAUGCUUGGUCGUGUGUGACUCAACUCCUUCAUCCGAGCCCGCCGGUAACGCCCUGGGCAUGUCGGUCCGGUCUGGCUCUGGACGGGUGGCCUUCUCCGCCAGCCGCCAGACCAACCACGAGCCCACGGACAUGAGCAACCGCACCAUGAUCAUCUACUUUGAUAAUAUUUUGGUGAACGUAGGCACUCACUUUGACCAAGAGAGUAGUGUCUUCCUUGCACCGAGAAGAGGUGUGUACAGCUUCAACUUCCAUGUUGUAAAGGCCUACAAUAGACAAACCAUUCAGGUCAGCUUAAUGUUGAAUGGCUGGGCAAUGAUUUCAGCUUUCGCCGGGGACCAGGAUGUGACCAGAGAAGCUGCCACUAACGCCGGCCUGGUGAUUAUGGAGAAGGGGGACAAGGCCUACCUCAGACUGGAAAGAGGCAACCUGAUGGGAGGCUGGAAGUACUCCACCUUCUCUGGGUUCCUGGUCUUCCCUCUGUAACGAAGGGGGUUUAUGUUUUGGAAGGGUGGUAAAUUAGAUUUUGCCGUAGUGAUAAUGAAUGAUGGUGGGAGAAAAGGAAGUCUUUAAUAUGUCACUCUUUAAACAGUGCACGAAAGGAUGUGCUUUAUGCAACAACAAAAAAGAAGAUUGUGCAAAUUUAGAGUAAUGUAACAUGAGACCAAAAGCAAAAAAAGGAGAAAAUACAUUUAGUACACACGAGCAAACCUGUGGAUUUAAUUUUCUCUGUUCCUAUGAAUGACUAUUUCUUGGGUCUGCAUAAGAGAUACUUUAAUUGUGACAAAAAUAUGAAGUAGCCAUGUGCAAUGUGGGCUUCUGUGCUAAGAUUAUUUUUUUUAAUUAUAUGUGUGUGAAACCUUGCUGUGUUCCACAUGGCAUCAUGUCUAGAUAACAAACUUGCCCUUUACUCUGCUGUGUCGGUUGACUGAUGCUCCUCUAUUUGCCUGUUAGUCUCCUGCAACACAUGUUUAUUGACACAUAAAUUUCUAUUAAGGAGAAAAUAUUAAAAUAAAAUUAUAUAAAGUUG